AGACGAUUAAAUAACUUAACGAUAUGGCUGAAUAGAAACAACAAAUUUAACGUUAAACGGCAACACAGAUUUAACGAAGAAAAGACACCAUUCUUGUCGAGUUGAGCGAACGUGAACGAUUUUCGUCAACCAUCUUUAAAAAAUACGUCUAGAGAGGAGUUGGGUGUAUUAGAAGUAAAAUCAAAUUAUUUUUGCAACCAGCGACAAAUUAAUUAAAUUUAAGUAAAAUGUCGAUGAUUUCUGCUCGUUUGGCCUCAUCUGUGGCCCGUUCUUUGCCCAAGGCUGCCCAACAGGUCGCUUGCAAAGCCGCUUACCCCGCUGCCACUCUAGCUGCACGUAAACUCCAUGUCUCCAGCACACAACGUAGCGCUGAAAUCUCUUCCAUUUUGGAAGAACGCAUCAUGGGUGUUGCCCCCAAGGCUGAUUUGGAAGAGACUGGCCGUGUGUUGAGCAUUGGUGAUGGUAUCGCUCGUGUUUAUGGCUUAAACAACAUCCAAGCCGAUGAGAUGGUAGAAUUCUCUUCCGGUUUGAAGGGUAUGGCCUUGAAUUUGGAACCCGAUAACGUUGGUGUUGUCGUCUUCGGUAACGAUAAAUUGAUCAAACAAGGUGAUAUUGUCAAGCGUACCGGUGCUAUUGUCGAUGUCCCCGUUGGUGAUGAAUUGUUGGGCCGUGUCGUUGAUGCUUUGGGUAAUGCUAUUGAUGGUAAGGGUGCCAUCAACACCAAGGAUCGUUUCCGUGUCGGUAUUAAGGCUCCCGGUAUCAUUCCUCGUGUAUCUGUACGCGAACCUAUGCAAACUGGUAUUAAGGCUGUCGAUUCUUUGGUACCUAUUGGUCGUGGUCAACGUGAAUUGAUCAUUGGUGAUCGUCAAACUGGUAAAACCGCCUUGGCUAUCGAUACCAUUAUCAACCAAAAGCGUUUCAAUGAUGGUCAAGAUGAAUCCAAGAAAUUGUACUGUAUCUACGUUGCCAUCGGUCAGAAGCGUUCCACUGUUGCCCAAAUUGUCAAGCGUUUGACUGAUGCCGGUGCCAUGGACUACUCUGUCAUUGUCUCUGCUACCGCUUCUGAUGCCGCUCCCUUGCAAUACUUGGCUCCCUACUCCGGUUGCGCUAUGGGUGAAUACUUCCGUGACAAGGGCAAACACGCUUUGAUCAUCUAUGACGAUUUGUCCAAACAAGCCGUUGCCUACCGUCAAAUGUCCUUGUUGUUGCGUCGUCCCCCAGGUCGUGAAGCCUACCCCGGUGAUGUAUUCUACUUGCACUCCCGUUUGUUGGAACGUGCCGCCAAGAUGUCCCCUGCCAUGGGUGGUGGUUCCUUGACUGCCUUGCCCGUCAUUGAAACCCAAGCCGGUGAUGUAUCCGCUUACAUUCCAACCAAUGUAAUUUCCAUCACUGACGGUCAAAUCUUCUUGGAAACUGAAUUGUUCUACAAGGGUAUCCGUCCCGCCAUUAACGUCGGUUUGUCUGUAUCCCGUGUCGGUUCCGCUGCCCAAACCAAGGCCAUGAAACAGGUCGCUGGUUCCAUGAAAUUGGAAUUGGCCCAAUACCGUGAAGUCGCUGCCUUCGCCCAAUUCGGUUCCGAUUUGGAUGCUGCUACCCAACAAUUGUUGAACCGUGGUGUUCGUUUGACUGAAUUGUUGAAACAAGGUCAAUACGUACCCAUGUCCAUUGAAGAUCAAGUUGCUGUCAUCUACUGCGGUGUCCGCGGUCACUUGGAUAAGAUGGAUCCCUCCAAGAUCACCAAGUUCGAAAAGGAAUUCUUGCAACACAUCAAGACCUCCGAACAAGCCCUCUUGAACCAAAUUGCCCAAGAAGGUAAAAUCUCUGAAGCUGCCGAUGCUAAAUUGAAGGAAGUCGUCACCAAAUUCUUGUCCACCUUCCAAGCUUAAGCUCUUUACUACCAUCAUCAUUUAAAUAACAGCAGUUUUACUACUCAUAAGUUACACUACUCAACAACUCACACAGUGUAAAACACCGUCAUCAGCCCACGUUGAUCGUCGUCACGUUAUUCUUAUAAUUUAAUUAUAAAAUUCCGUUAUACGAGAAAAAUGCAGAAUUAAAAAAAGAGAAAAAACUUAAAAACCAUCUAAACAACAAGUUAAAAAACAUAAAAACAGAAAUCUUUUAAAGAAUUAAAAACCAAGUCAUUUGCAAAACAAGAAUUAAGUUAAAAAAGAAAAAACCCAUAAUUACUACAAUAAAAUGUUAAUAAUUAACAAAGAAAAAAA